GUUGUGGUCGUCGUUGUUGUCGUUGUCGUAGUCGUAGUUGUUGUACUACAAUACACAGUCACAGACCAGACUUUGUCUUUUGAUAUUUGCGUGGUUCGCUGAGUCGGAAGGUACCAGAAGCAGAUAGGCAUAUUAGUCAGGCGCAGACAGAACAAGACAACAACGUUCCUCAUUUUAAUUCCCCGUACAGUUAUAACAAUUGGCGACUGGGGUUUACUUUAAUUCACUGCAGUUAUAACAAGCAAACGACGACGGGUUUUAUUCUGUUCAGCGCAUCUAUAGAACAUUUUUGACUGUGUUAAUUACAACCCAAUUACAAUGUCUAUCUCUCUGGACGAUCUCAAAUCCAUCUUGCAGCAGCGGCAACUUCAGAAUGAAGCAGCUCAACUUAAAUUAAUCGAAGCUCUCACUCAGAAGCUGUCAAUUCAAGUCCCAUCAACAUCUCAUUCAGAAAAAUACGAAAGCAUCUCAAAUUCCAUCAGUGAAUUCAACUACGACCCAAUAUCUGGUCUCCUAUUUGAUGCAUGGUUCAAUCGUUAUGAAGACGUUUUUCGUAUUGAAUGCCACAUGUUUGAUGAUGCUGCCAAAGUCCGAUUGUUACUAAGAAAACUUGGAACUGUUGAGCACAACAGAUAUGUUAACUUCAUUCUGCCUAAGAACCCACGUGAAUUAUCAUUCGAUGAGACAGUCACCGUUUUAUCACAAAUCUUUGGUGAACAGUCAUCCAUGUUUAAUAUUCGGUAUCAAUGUUUUCAGUUGACAAAAAUGCCUUCCGAUGAUUAUGUUACUUACGCUGGCAAAGUGAACAAAGAAUGCGAAAGGUUCAAACCACACGAAAUGACAUCAGAUCAGUUCAAGUGUUUGAUUUUUAUUUGUGGGUUGAAGAACCCUGAAGAUACUGACAUCAGAACUCGACUUCUGUCACUCGUGGAACAAGACCCAAAAAUGACUUUACAAAUGGUGACAGCAGAAUGCCAACGCUUAAUCAACUUGAAGCACGAUACUGCUAUGUUGGAUUGCAAACGACAGUCGUCUGAAUUUGAUUCAGUUAACACAGUGAAAAGUCCUCCGAUCACCGUUAAGCACACAGCACGUCAGUCUCAGAAUUCAGCUAAACCUCCUUCAGUGUGCUGGCACUGUGGUUCGUGGCAUUUUGUCAAGUUCUGUCCUUUCAAGAAACAUAAAUGCCGUAAUUGUCACCGUUUUGGACAUAAAGAGGGUUACUGUCCACCACAGAAAAAUUCUUCGGUGAAGAACAGAAGUAGUCGUUUCAAGCCAAAACAAUCUCCUCGAGUACAGACUAUUUUCACAACUUCCAAAGUCGAUUUCGCCAGCAAACGUAAGUACAUUACACUACGUAUUAACGGCAAAUCUAUUCGUCUUCAGUUGGAUACGGCAUCAGAUAUCACCUUAAUUUCCCGAACUACGUGGCGCAAACUUGGGUGCCCACAGAUUCUGCCGACCGAGCAUGUCGCUAAGAAUGCCUCUGGAGAUAUACUGAAACUCGUGGGUGAAAUAAAUUGCCAGGUUCAGUUUGGUGAGAAACAGUUCAAUGGUGUAUGUUAUGUCACAAACUACCAUGAUUUGAAUUUGCUUGGUCUUGACUGGUUAGACAAGCUCCAUUUCUUCAAUGUACCGUUAAAUUCAGUAUGCUCUAAUGUUUCGUCCUCACCAAAGAACGUUGUUCCCGGACAGGUAUCUGAUCAGUCUCUCUUGCAACGCCUGCGUGCUUAUGCAAAACCGAAGGGGGAGGGAACAACAGAAGAAAUUUUGGAUAGAUCCUUGCUACGUUAUCAUCGUACGACGCCAAAUCCUUCCACAGCCGAAAGCCCGGGACGCAGAUCACAAUCUAUCCAGUACGCGAAAGUCAACUCGACAAAGAAGAGCUCCAAAACCUUUUCAAAUAGGUUCAAAAAGCAAGUCCUACACUUUUAACGGGGGGAGGUGAUAGGAUCCCACACACUUUGUUAUUGUUCAAUUAUCUUAACGACUGUUAAUCUCGUAUAAGUUGUAUAUUAUCAUUUCUCACGCAUAUUGUUAUUGUUCAAUUAUCUUAACGACUGUUAAUCUCGUAUAAGUUGUAUAUCAUCAAUUCUCACACACUUUGUUAUUGUCAAUUAUCUUAAUGACUGUUAAUCUCGCAUA